AUUUUAUAAAAGGAAAAGGGAAAGGUAAAAGAUUCCGAAACGAAACACGGCAAAAGAAAAUUGAGGCAAAAAAGAAAAGAAAAGAAAAACAGGAAAGCUUUGAUUCUAAGCCAUUUUCUUUGCUCCAUUCCAUAGAAAGAUCUAAAAGCUCAAGCUUUCCUAGCAAAAUUUUCUCACCAUUUUUUUAAGUUACGAAGAGAGGGAAAGGAAAAGGGACUACUUUAGAGAAAGAAAAGGUAAAGAUGGAUAAAUUUAAGAAUAUGUUGAAACCCAAGCCGAAUCCACAACAACUACUAAGAGAUUGGCAAAGAAAGCUUCGUCAAGAGUGCCGUAACAUUGAACGCCAAAUUAGAGAUAUUCAGAGAGAGGAGAAAGGUGUACAGAAGGCAAUUCGAGAAGCCGCUAAGAGAAAUGACAUGGGUUCUGCUAAGGCACUUGCAAAAGAAAUUUUAAUGUCGAGAAAAGCUGUGAACCGUCUAUAUGAGAAUAAAGCGCAGCUUAAUUCAAUAUCAAUGCACCUUGGAGAAAGUGUUGCAAUUGCUCGAACCGUUGGCCAUUUGUCCAAGAGUGCUGAAGUCAUGAAACUUGUAAACAACCUCAUGAAAGCUCCACAAAUGGCUGCCACGAUGCAAGAAUUUAGCAAAGAAAUGAUCAAGGCAGGUGUUAUUGAAGAAAUGGUAAAUGAUGCCCUUGACUCGGCAUUGGAUUCCGAAGAUAUUGAAGAAGAGACCGAAGAAGAAGUUGAUAAGGUUCUUUCGGAAAUUGCCGGUGAAACUGCGGCACAGCUUCCUGAAGCUGUUCGGAAGGAAAGAGCGAGGGUAUCUGCAGAAAAAGAAAGCACUUCCCGAGAGGAAGAAACUAUAGCGGAGGGUGUCGAUGAUGAGGAAGAGCUAGAAGAGAUAAGGGCACGGCUUGCUCGAGUUCGAUCAUGAAAAUUUCACCUUGUUUAUGGUGUUCUUUAGCUAUCUAUCAACUGAAACUGUGCCUUGUAUUGUAUUACUUCAUUAAAGGGGCCUUUGAGCUAAUCUGUUGUGUUUGAAGAGAGCUUUGAACCCAAACAUUCAAUAGUGAGUAUGGAUUUACACUGUGGAGCAUUAGGCCAAUUGCUUCAAUGAAAUUCUAUUUAAUUCUUUUAAAUAA